AUGGCCGCCCCCAUUUCUUCCGUCGACGGCAUUGGUAUUGCGAACUUGCCAAACCAGAAACACAAGAUUGUCGCCAAGCGUGGGGCGCAUUUUACGAUGAUGGUAGUGGGGGAGUCUGGACUCGGUAAAACGACGCUCAUCAACACCCUCUUCUCGACGGAGUUGUCGCCCCCAAAAAACUACAACAGGCGCCACCACAAGCAGCUCGACAAGCUCACGGAAGUCGACAUCAUCAAGGCCGAGCUGGAGGAGAAGCAGUUCAAGGUGAAGUUGACCGUCAUCGACACGCCUGGGUUUGGCGACUACGUCAACAACCGCGAUUCCUGGUCUCCCAUUGUCGAAUUCAUUGACGACCAGCAUGAAGCAUACAUGCGCCAGGAGCAGCAGCCCGAAAGACGCGAGAAAAUCGACCUACGGGUGCAUGCUUGUGUCUAUUUCAUCCGAGCGACGGGGCAUACCUUGAAGCCGCUCGACAUUGAGAUCAUGAAGCGAUUGGGAACGCGUGUCAAUCUCAUACCCGUCAUUGCCAAAGCCGAUACCCUCACCCAAAACGACCUUUUCUUGUUCAAGCAACGUAUUCGGGAGGUCAUUGCCGCCCAGGGCAUCCGUAUCUACACACCACCCUUGGACAAUGAUGACGCCCAAAGCGUCGAACAUGCCCGUAUUCUCACUGAUGCUAUCCCGUUCUCCAUCAUCGGUUCCACCGAGGACGUGAAAACGCUUGAUGGUAGAAUAGUAAAGGGCCGCGAGUACCUGUGGGGUGUCGCUGAAGUCGAAAACGAGAACCAUUGCGACUUCAAAAAGCUUCGUUCGCUUCUUAUUCGCACCCACAUGCUCGACCUCAUCUCCACGACGGAGGAGCUGCACUAUGAGAACUACCGCCAGCAACAGAUGGAGACCCGCAAGUUCGGCGAGCCCAAGGUCAAGAAGCUCGACAACCCCAAGUUCAAGGAGGAGGAAGAGCAGCUCAGGAAGCGGUUCACCGAGCAGGUCAAGGCCGAGGAAGCGCGGUUCAGACAGUGGGAACAACACCUCAUCGCAGAGCGCGAUCGCCUCAACAAGGACCUGGAGAUGGCGCACAGUGCUAUCAAGCAGCUCGAGGCGGAGCUGGACAAUCUGCAGGUCGGCUACGGGCGCAGCACGGGCAGACGAUAA